UUUGGGUUCUUUUAUACAUCUUUAGAAUAAUUCUAUAUCAUAUUUACUGAGUAUACAGGUCAAUUCAUGAGUACCUACGACUUUCUAAAGUCCAGUGUUAAUAUUUAACUCGAUUAAAAAAUAGUGAUAAUGUUUUGUGUUUAGGGCAUUUUCGCCGUGUUUUGGUCUCAGACGUAGGAUAUAUUAAUACCAAUGUAACUUUAACUGAGAUGCAAUAAUCUCGAAUUUUUGGUUCAUUUUUUUCAUUGUGCUUUUGUAUCUAUUUUAAUAAUAUAUUAUAUAUUCCGGCGUAUCUAUUGACCUGUCUAUCACGCACGUGAAGCGGUUAAUCCGGAUUCGCAGCCCAUAUUACUUAUUGUCAUCAUUAUGUUGCUUUAUGUUGACACAUUCAUACUGUUUUAUCAUGUUGAUGUAUUUUUAGAAUCCAACCUACUAUGCUAUUCAAGCUUGAUUCCUUUGUAAACAUUUUUGAAGUUUAUAUUCAGUUUGUGUACAUGUGAAAUGAAAUAUAUGUGUUUUAUUAAUUGAAUGACUCCUAGACUGUGAUAAAGUAUGCAUCUAUGAAGGAUUCAUCUGGACUAUUUAAAAAGGACAAUUUGACAUUAAUGGUGAGAGUAACGUGGUGAAGGCGACGGCAUGUGGCGCGGCGCGCGGGUUCUCGUACUCGCGGCGCUGAGCCUAUUGGCCGAGCCUUCGCUCGCCGCCAAGAAGUAUAACCUCACCGUGGGCUACUUGCCCGCCCUCACCGGAGAACUACGAGACAGGCAGGGCCUCACCAUCUCCGGGGCACUCUCCAUUGCCCUCGAAGAGCUGAACAACAGCACAGAAUUGCUGCCGGACGUCGACUUGUUUCUAGAAUGGCACGACACGAAGUUCGACACUGUGACGGCGACGCGUCUGAUCACCGACAUGAGCUGUGCCGGGGUUGUCGCCUUCUUCGGGCCCGAGGGACGCUGCCAUACCGAGGCCAUCAUCGCACAGUCCAGAAAUUUACCUAUGAUCUCUUAUCGUUGUUCCGAUUAUCAAACUUCUACGUUGUCUAACUUUGCGAGGUUAGAGCCUCCUGGCGCACAGGCAACAAAAUCCGUCAUAUCUCUGCUCCGGUACUACAGAUGGAACAAAUUCUCCAUUCUGUAUGAGGAAUCAUGGGUGACCGUAGCUUUGACCUUGGAGAACCACGCGAAGAACAACAACAUGACUGUGAACCACCAACGGCCCGUCAUAGAUGGGUACAAGUGUUGCGAGGAGAAAAUGACUUGCUGCGCGCCUGGGUUCUGGUACCAGUUUAUACAGGAUACCAAGAAUAAAACUAGAAUAUACGUUUUUUUGGGGUCAACACCGGGUCUCAUAGAAAUGAUGACGGCUAUGGAGUCUCUUCAGCUGUUCUCGAAAGGCGAAUACAUGGUUAUAUUUGUCGACAUGAUGACCUAUUCUCCAAAGGAAGCCUUAAAAUACCUUAUAAAGACCGAAGACCGCGUAUCCCCUAAACUCAUAUGCCCGAACACUGUGGAGUUCAAGAAGCGGGCGCAGUCCCUCCUCGUGGUGGUAUCCUCUGAGCCUUCGAGCAGCUAUGAGGAGUUCACCAACAAAGUCCGCAAGUACAAUACGAUGCCGCCCUUCAAGUUCAGGGACUCUGUGGUGUUCGGGACACAGUUUAAUAAGUUUGUCUCCAUCUACGCUGCAUAUCUAUAUGAUUCGGUAAAACUUUACGGGAAAGCUUUAGACGAAAUCAUUAAAGAAGAGACCCGUACGGAACAGUUGACAUUGCACAAACUGCAUCUCAUCGCCAUGAACGGAACGAGGAUUAUCAACAAAAUGAUUCAAAGUUCUCCGUAUAAAAGUAUAUCGGGCAUGUCGAUCCGCCUGGACGAGCGCGCGGACUCGGAGGGUAACUUCUCGGUGCUCGCCUUCAAGCCGACCAAGUUCCGUGACGGUGAUGUCAACUGCUCCUACAGCAUGAUACCCGUUGGACACUUCCAGCAUCAAAGUAAAAGGGAAUUUCCUGAAUACAAACUGAACCCUCGUCUACCAAUCGACUGGCCAGACAGCGUCAAGCCCGAAGACGAGCCGUCAUGUGGAUUUCUAAACGAAAAGUGUCCGAAAGACGAUUCACAGAUAACGUCGCUCGUAGUAGCUGGGACAUUAGCAGUGACUCUGUUCUGCGCUCUAGUGGUCACAAUCAGUAUAUACCGCAAGUGGAAAAUCGAGCAGGAGAUCGAGGGUCUGCUGUGGAAGAUAGACCCGCACGAGAUAGCCGGGUAUCUCGGCAGCGGGCUCGUGUGGUCGCCUAGUAAGCUGAGUUUAGCGAGCGGUAUAUCGUGCGAGAGCAAAUGCUGUACACAGAUAUUCACGACGACUGCUCAGUUUAAAGGGAAUGUUGUCAGGAUUAAGGAGCUCAAGUUUUCCAAAAAGAAAGACAUUCCUCGUGAGAUAAUGAAGGAAAUGCGUUUGCUGCGCGAGUUGCGUCACGACAACCUGAACUCGUUCAUCGGCGCCGUCGUCGAGCCACUGCGCGUGCUCAUACUUACUGACUACUGUGCCAAAGGGAGUUUAUAUGAUAUAAUUGAAAAUGAAGAUAUAAAAUUGGACAAAAUGUUCAUAUCUUCGUUAAUCCAUGAUCUCAUAAAGGGUAUGAUGUUUAUUCACACAUCGCCAUUAAUUUUUCACGGAAAUCUUAAAUCCUCGAAUUGUGUUGUUACGUCUAGGUGGAUGCUUCAGGUGGCUGAUUUCGGUUUACACGACUUGAGGGCGUGUGCCGAAAAUGAUUUUAUAGGGGAACACCAAUAUUACAGAGGCUUAUUAUGGAAAGCACCAGAGUUACUAAGGGAAAUGGAUAACCCUAACUCGACAGUUGGUGGAACACAGAAAGGAGAUGUUUAUGCAUUUGGAAUUAUUUUAUACGAAAUAAUAGCGAGGAGAGGUCCCUUUGGGUUUACAGGGACUGAACCUAAAGAUAUAAUAGAGCGAUUAAAAAGACCAAAGUUAGAUGGUGAAGAGGUGUUCAGACCGGAUACCGAUAUACUGGACCCGUCCACCGAGGAUUACGUGGUGGCGUGUAUGAAAGACUGCUGGGCAGAGGAUCCGAAUAUUAGACCCGACUUUCCUAUUAUAAGGAGUCGGCUUAAGAAAAUGAAAUCUGGGAAGUCAAGAAAUAUAAUGGACCAAAUGAUGGAUAUGAUGGAGAAAUAUGCUAAUAAUUUAGAAGAACUAGUCAACGAGAGGACGAGGCUAUUGAUCGAAGAGAAACAAAAAACCGAAGACUUAUUACAUAGGAUGCUACCAAAGUCGGUGGCCCGGCGGCUGACGACGGGCGAGGGCGUCGAGCCGGAGUCCUUUGACUCGGUGACGAUAUACUUUAGCGACAUCGUCGGCUUCACGGCCAUGUCCGCCGAGAGCACGCCCCUGCAGGUCGUGAACUUCCUCAACGACCUGUACACGGUGUUCGAUAGGAUAAUUAGAGGCUACGAUGUUUAUAAAGUGGAGACCAUUGGGGAUGCUUACAUGGUGGUUUCCGGAUUACCUAUAAGAAAUAACGAUAGACACGUAGGUGAGAUCGCAUCAAUGGCGCUAGAGUUAUUGAAUGCAGUAAAAAGUCACAAAAUAUCUCAUAGACCAAAUGAAACACUCAAGCUUAGGAUAGGAAUACAUACCGGCGCGGUAGUAGCAGGUGUAGUUGGCCUCACGAUGCCCCGCUACUGCCUGUUCGGAGACACAGUGAACACAGCGUCUCGCAUGGAGUCCAACGGCGAGCCGCUUAAGAUACACAUAUCGCCGAGCUGCAAGCAAGCGCUCGAUAAAAUUGGCGGCUAUAUCGUAGAACCAAGAGGCACUAUUCCAAUUAAAGGGAAAGGACAGGUCCAGACAUACUGGUUAAUAAGCGCCACAGAAAAGGCUAUUCAAAAGAGGGCCGUAGAAGGGGAAGAGCGCCCACUAUUCCGUCGACCCAGAAGGAGUCCUAGAUUGACAGACUCACGACAUCCUUCACUAUCAGACUUGUCAGAAGGCGGUUGCGGCGGCAGUGCGGUCCGGCAGCGCGUGUCGUCGAGCGGCGCGCGCGAGCCCAGCGACGGGCACGACGCCAGGGAGGCCAUGCGCGGCUCACGCUGCUCGCUGCCCGCGCCGCUCUGCGCCGAGACAGACCUGCGGCGGGCUAGGCAUGAACAUGUCGCGCCUAGGCCUAGGCACGCGCUGAGCUCGAUCGCGUCUUCGACGGCGUGCUCAGGGUCGGGGCGCGAGUCGGGCGGGUCGGGCGCGGCGCUGCGCGGCGCGGGGCUGCGCGCGCGCUCGCUGGACGUGCUGCCGGCCGCCGCGCGCCUGCGCAGGCACCACACCACGCGCUCGCUCGACCACGAGGUGGGCGUGGCCACGGUCUGCGGGGACCCCGUGUUCAACGGCACCAUCGUGGGGCUGGUCACGGACGAGGCGCCGCGCAGCGAGGACGCGCCGCUGCUGCGCAAGAGCAGCCUGUCCACCAAGCUGGAGCGCGCGCGCCGGAAGCCGGCCGAGGCCAACUACAUCGAGUUCUACAAAGGCUGGCGGUCGCUGGAGAACGUGGCCGAGGCCAAGCCGGGCGAGCGCAAGACGCCGCGCUUCGCCUUCACGUCGUGGGCGGCGGGGCUGCUGGAGUUCUUCGGCAGCAGCGCGCGCACGGCCAGCGGCUCGCUGCGCAACGCGCCGCCGCUGCUGGACCGCGAGUCCGCCGUCUGAGCCGGCAACCUAUGCAGCUUCCGCCGUAUGAGCGUAUAUUAGAUGAUAUGUAUAUGUAUAUGAAAUGAUGUUGUAAAUAAUAUGUGUAAGUAAAACGAUGUUACCGUCAAUUGUGAAAUAAGUUUAAUGUUAUUAAAUAAUUUCUAUUGAA